GGGGUGUGGGGUGUGGGGGUGAGGGGAGACGGCGAGGCUGAGGGAGAGGAUGCUGGAGGCAGCGCGGGAGGAGGGCCAGGCCACCGCCGUCUUCAAACCGCUCUCAGCUUCUGUACAGCACCAGGUGGAACCGGUUGGAAGGUGGUUUGAAGCACUCGUAAAGCGAAGGGCCAGGAAUGUGUCUGCCUCAUUUCAUGAGCUGGAAGAGGAGAAGGAAUCUUCGUCCGAGUCAGAAGAUGAGGAGCUUCAGCUAGAGGAAUACCCAUUACUGAAAACACUUGAUCCGAAGGACUGGAAGAAUCAGGAUCAUUAUGCUGUGCUUGGACUGGUGCAUUCCAGGUAUAAAGCCACACAGAAGCAAAUCAAAGCUGCACAUAAAGCCAUGGUACUGAAACAUCACCCUGACAAAAGGAAAGCAGCAGGAGAGCAAAUUGGUGAAGGGGACAAUGACUAUUUCACGUGUAUUACAAAAGCCAAUGAAAUUCUCUCCGACCCUAUUAAACGUCGCGCAUUCGACAGCGUGGAUCCCACAUUUGACAACACGAUACCCUCUAAAAGCGAAGCAAAAGAUAACUUCUUUGAGGUCUUUUCAGCAGGGUUUGAGCGGAAUGCCAGAUGGUCCAACAAGAAACAUGUCCCCAAAUUAGGUGAUCUGAAUUCAAUAAUUGAAGAAGUCGACUAUUUUUAUUCAUUCUGGUAUGACUAUGACUCCUGGCGGGAAUUUUCCUACUUAGAUGAAGAAGAAAAGGAAAAGGCAGAAUGCCGAGAUGAGAGAAGGUGGAUCGAUAAACAGAACCGAGCUGCGCGGGCACAAAGGAAGAAGGAAGAAAUGAAUAGGAUAAGAACACUGGUUGAUACUGCCUACAGCUGCGACCCUAGAAUAAAAAAAUUUAAGGAGGAAGAGAAGGCCAAGAAAGAGGCGGAGAAGAAAGCAAAAGCUGAAGCAAAGAGGAAGGAGCAGGAGCAAAAGGAGAAACAAAGACAGGCUGAGUUGGAAACUGCCCGAUUAGCCAAAGAGAAGGAAGAAGAAGAAGCUCGACAACAGGCCUUGCAAAUAAAGAAAGAGAAGGAGAUACAGAAGAAAGCCAUUAAGAAAGAAAGGCAGAAGCUACGCACAGUCUGUAAGAAUUGGAAUUACUUCUCGGAUAAUCAUGCUGAAAGUGUGAAAAUGAUGGAAGAAGUGGAGAAACUCUGUGACCGACUUGAAUUAAUCAGCCUACAAGCCUUAAAUGAAGUACUUGCAUCAAGUGCAAAGGAUGAAGGUAAAACUGCAGUAGAGAAACAGAUCCAGGAAGUCAACGCACAGAUGGCAAAAGAGAAGGAAGAGGCUGAGGCACGUGUGCGUCAGGCUAUGAAGAGUUCGGAGCAUUCUGCUGGAGGAGGAGGAGGCGGCGGAGGAGGUAGAGCCUGGCAGGAGGACGACUUACAGCUCUUAAUAAAAGCUGUCAAUCUCUUUCCUGCGGGGACAAAUGCAAGAUGGGAAGUAAUCGCUAAUUUUAUCAAUUCGCACUCAACAAGUGGAAUCAAAAGGACGGCCAAGGAUGUAAUUAACAAAGCCAAGAAUUUGCAAAAGCUCGAUCCUGUACAAAAGGAUGAAAUCAACAGGAAGGCCUUUGAAAAGUUCAACAAAGAGCACAGUACAGCAGCGGCUGCUGUGGAUAAAGCAGUCCCAUCAGAGCGAUUUGAAGCUCCUGGUGCUGAUACUAACCCUUGGACAGCAGAAGAACAGAAACUUUUAGAACAAGCACUGAAAUCCUAUCCGGUUAACACCGCCGAACGAUGGGAGAAAAUAGCAGCAACUGUUCCAGGAAGGACUAAGAAAGACUGCAUGAAGCGAUACAAGGAACUUGUUGAAAUGGUCAAAGCAAAGAAAGCUGCACAAGACCAAGUGAAUGCUACGAGGCCGAAGAAAUGAUGUUCAGACUCCCCUUUCUCCUUAUGUGCAUGUGAUUAUUUGAUAAUAAAAUGAUUAAAACCAACUACAAA